CAUUCUAUUCAGGCUCAAAUCAUGCAUGAGACGAACCAAUCAUUCACGCCUUCAAAGAAGACGGCGAUGGGGGGACAACGAGUCGUGUUCAACACCGCCGUGGUGGAUGAUGGGAUCUCUUUGAUCUCUCAGACCUCUGCUCGCUCUCUUCCACUUGAUUAUAACAGACAGUUCAAACCACUGGAAAACACAACUUGCCGUACUAAAGAGUAGUGGUUAUCUGUUGGUUCGAGUCGAGUGAAAUUGUGUUAAACUCUCCUUAAUCACGUAGAACAACAACAUGGUUUGUAGGGUAACCAUCUUGUGUUUGAGGAUGGUGGUCCAGGUCUACAUGGUGACAGCACAGAUGCAAGACGGGGAAAAGAUUCCUUAUCGUUGUUUUGGACAAGCAGGCAGCUUUGGAUGGUCCGGGGAUUGCGCUUGUAGCACCAUGUUGCCAUGGGCAAUGGACAAUAGCAUCCCGCAAACCAACCAACAACUAGUGGACGAGAUGCAGAACAUCAAGGCAAGACUAGACCAGCUCGAGGCGGUGACAGCGCAGAUCACCUCGUCAGGAAGUCAGCAAAAUACAGGACCAGCUACUGACAGCCGGUUGGACAGCCGAGUGGACAGCAGAGUGGACAGCAGAGUGGACAGCGCUGCCACAGCACGUACAGCAGUGCAGACGACACCAGCGGCGGACACGUCAUCCACCGCGGGAAGUGAUGUUGCCAUCAGUGACAGCCCACAACCAUCAGCUAUCUACACAGCCGCGCCGACUCAAGCCGUGGCGGCCGUCCCGACCCCUGGGUACUACUGGGACCUGUCAGGCAAGUGUAAUCCGCAAGGGUCGUCCCAGAAACAGUGUAACAAGUCCUGUCGGUCCAAGAUGGUGUAUGCUAACACCGGAAAUAGAACUGGCGUCGCUUCCGGGAGUCUGUACCUUGUUGCUAACGACAGAAGUGGGGCCAGUUCAACUUCUAACCUGCAGCCAUGCGCCAUUAAGACCGAUAGGAAGCGGAAGGAUUUCAUCGACUUCGGCAGUUUCCGUGGCAGCUGCCCCGCUCAGCCCGAGCUGUGCCGAGAUGGCCUCACGCUGGCGGUGUGGAUGAAGAUGCAGAGGAAAGACAACACAUACGGUGACGGACAGAACCCGGAUCUGUACUUCAUCAGUACGGGCGGACAGACCAGGUCCAGUCGGGGCUUCUCCGUGUCGGCGGAGUGGAUCUCCAUGCCGUCUGUAGCCUACAGGUUCGCCCUUUGCACAACUAUCCGGGAUUUUGACGGUGUGUGGUUCCAGUGCACCCAUGAUGUCCCCGACGGUACCUGGUUUCACUUUGUGUUCACCUGGAACAAGCAGACAAUGCUCAAAGUUUACAUUGGAGGGAAUCUGAGUGGACAAACUAAAGGCCUUCUUUCCGGUGGAUCUGGUAAACUGUGGUACAGCAACCUGACACUGGGGAGGCCAAACAACUUACGGAACAGCCACCACGCCUCUGCAGCUUACAGCAACUUGAAGAUUUUUGAGCGAGAACUCAGUGCUGUGGAGGUGUCCGCUUUGUACAAUAGCGAACGAUGAAGUAAAGGCACAUGUCGCAAGGUGGCGCUUUAUAUAAACGCUGACCACCAAGGUCAAUACAUGAGUAAACAAUCGUUAUUCUACUCUACGUAAAUACAGU